AUGUAUAGGCCUGUGGCGGCUUCGUCAGCCACAUCCCUGGGCGGAUUGACUAAUGAAAGUGGGGACUCUGUUGUGACAUUAGACCAAGUUCCAAGGUGGAUUGACGUUGACCAUUUUUUAGAGAGUGACAAUGGAGAUUCAUCGUAUUCCAAUCCAUAUUUUCCCGAUCCUUUGGAGUCCAAAUCGGGAACUGAAAGUGGUGCAGGUGGUUCGGUGUCUAGGUUUCCGGUUGACCAUGAAAUAAAUUUACGGAUAUAUUUGUGGACAGGGAAUCCUUGGAACCUUGAGGUGGAUGCUGUGGUGAACUCAACAAAUGAGGUCAUGGAUGAAGCACACAGCAGCCCUGGGUUGCACGCUGCAGCUGGACCCGGUCUUGCAGAAGAAUGUGCAACUUUGGGUGGAUGUCGAACAGGGAUGGCUAAAGUUUCCAAUGCCUAUGACCUUCCAGCAAGGAAAGUUAUCCAUACAGUUGGUCCAAAGUAUGCAAUGAAGUACCACACUGCUGCAGAGAAUGCUUUAAGUCACUGUUACCGUUCCUGCCUUGAGCUUCUAAUUGAAAAUGGGCUUCAAAGCAUUGCUAUGGGCUGUAUUUAUACAGAAGCAAAGAGCUAUCCCCGUGAACCAGCUGCACAUGUAGCUAUAAGAACUGUGAGGCGGUUUCUUGAGAAGCAGAAAAACAAUGUAACAGCUGUUGUAUUUUGUACUACCAGUACAAUUGAUAUCGACAUCUAUAAAAGGUUGCUUACACUUUACUUUCCUCGGGAUAAACACGAGGAGGAGGUGGCUUUGUCAAAGCUUCCUGCAGAUGUUGGGGAUGAGAAUGGUGAGACUACCAUAGAUGAGCGUAAAAUCAGAAUAAAGCCUUUGCCUAAAAAAAAGGGUCCAAAACCUUCUCAAGAACCAGUUGAUCUUCCUGUUAGUGAUGUUGGCAUGUUUCGCAGGACUUCAUCAUAUUUAGAUUCAUUUCUAGAUCCUGCCUUCAUGUCUUUGAUUAAAGACCCUGAUGAAAGACGUCUGGAACAGUGGGAGAAAACUGUUCAAGCACAACGAGGCUGGAAUUUUGCCAAUUUUCUUGGAUUCGGUGACCUAGGUGGACCACCAUUGUCUGCAGCUGAAGAAUAUUCUCUGCACUCUAGAUUUCUCUCUAAAGCAAAAUCCUUAAAUCUAUCUGAAAUUGCAGAGAUGAAAAUUGUCUAUCGUGGAGGGGUGGACAGUGAAGGUCGUCCUGUCAUGGUUGUUGUAGGGGCUCAUUUUUUGCUCAGAUGUCUUGAUCUGGAGCGAUUUGUGCUUUAUGUGGUGAAGGAGUUUGAGCCAAUAAUACAGAAGCCUUAUACUAUUGUAUACUCUCAUUCUGCCGCAUCUCUACAAGUGCAACCAGACCUAGGUUGGAUGAAAAGAUUACAACAAAUACUUGGACGGAAGCAUCAGCAAAACCUACAUGCAAUAUAUAUUCUUCACCCAACUUUAGGACUUAAAGUUACAGUAUUAGCUCUACAGUUACUGGUGAACAAUGUGGUUUGGAAGAAAGUGGUAUACGUUGAUAGACUUCUACAGCUCUUCAGAUACGUACUGCAUGAACAGUUGACAAUUCCCGAUUUUGUGUUUCAGCAUGACUUAGAAGUGAAUGGAGGAAAGGGUCUUAUUGUGGAUCCCAGAACAAAAUAUGUUUAUCAUAGACCUUGA